GACAAAAAAGUCAGCUGCUGACAAAUUGAUUGAUUUCAUUUAAUUUGUUGUUUGUUCAUCGUUUUUCGAUUCUAUUUACCUUUAAAAUGUCGACUCCACCUCGAGAAACUAUUCAAAAGCAGAUCCAGCAGGACUGGGCAAAUAGAGAGUACAUUGAAGUAAUCACAGGAAGCAUCAAAAAGAUCACCGACUUCUUAAAUUCUUUCGAUAUGUCUUGCCGAUCACGUCUCGCCACUUUAAACGAGAAAUUAACAUCACUGGAGAGGAAAAUUGAUUACUUGGAGGCAUGCGUCACCAAAGGGGAAACCCUCACAUAAGGGGUAACAGAAUUUGACCAUCAUAGAUUUUUUUAUUCCUUUACAAAUUAUAUGAUAGAUUAUGAUUGUGAUGUCUAUGUAAUAAAUGUAUGUAAGGCUGUAUGUUGGGCCUUGUGAAAGAUCAAGCAAAAAGUCCUUCAAAAUGCACAAGUUAUUGCCAAAAGCUAAUGCAUUGCUUCAUUUGUCCUGAAUUAUGAAAUCCAUUAUACUUUAUUGUAAGGCAUUUAUAUUAGUGUAAUUAUAAUAUUAUUUAAGUAACAAUAAAUUCUACAAACAA